CAAAUCUGUAAUGCAAAUUUCGAAGAACCCACAGCACAAAAUCGGAACAUAACUUUUUUUACAAAUCGUAGAUGAAAAUGCAACUCAAAGAAAUCGGCUCGUAGCAAAGGGAAAACAGGACGUCGGUCUCUCGGGAAAUCGAUCGUGCAAAAAAUGAUGUCGUGCAAUGCUACAAAUGUCGUUUUUGUAGAGUUUAAAGUGCGUUUUCAAAUAUUAGCUCUUCAAAAAUUUCACACAACUGUCUCCCAGGGUCAUGUCGUGCGCUUAAAGAAUUCACGGUAGGCACGGUUAGACUUUACCACUCGAACCCGUUUGUUAACAGCUCUCGAGUACAUGACCCAAAAAACUGCAUGACAGAUUUGAAAAAAGACGGCGAUGAUGAUUUAGAGAUUUGGAAAAAGAAGAAAAACAAAAACAAAAACAACACCACGCGAUGGGUAUUCGAGUUUGAAAAUAGGUUUGCUUUGUUUGAUUUUUGUGUUCUACCCUUUGUACAUGACCAGUAGACAGAGCAAAGGUAAGACUCUCGAGAAAUAUAAGAGCUUCUAUACCUCCUCGCAGCUUGCUUACUACACAACAUGGUGGCUCGACGAAGUAGAUGUGAAGUCCUUUAGCCAGGAUUUGGAUCUAUUAGGAGCGCAGCACUUUUAUUUUGGCAGUUGA